AUGUCUCUCUUUCGGCUUGUAGAAUGGGUUUCUCACGCAGUUCCAAAGGUUUCUACAGUACUGAAUGCUUCCUUUUAUCAAGAACGAGAUCAAUUGAUUGUUGGCGGAGAAGAUGGUCAGAUUAUAAUAUUGGACCCAGGUUGCAGAGAAGACAAUAACCACGUACUUGUUACAACUCAAACAAAAUAUCCUAUUAUGGAAAUGGCAUCAGAUAUUUUUUUGUCGACGAUGGACAGGAUUUUGGCAGUUUUGUCACCUACCAAACUCACUUAUUAUGCAGUUAACUUUGCCAAUCCAGAUGACACUCAUGCUACUCUCGAUGAAAUCUUCUGUCAUUCGUUCACAACUUCUGCGUGGAAUAUGUGUGUAAUUCCAAUCGACGACUCUCCAUCGCAGAUACUUGUUCAGUCGAUCGACUGUAAAUUAUCUCUUUUCCAAGGAGACCAAUGUGUUUUUUCCCUUGUUCCGUUGAGAGCUCUUCAACCAGGACCAAUAGGAUAUUGUCAGACAACACAGACUCUUUUUGUGGCAAACAAUGGAUUCUUGGCAGCGAUUAAAUUCAGUCUCAUGUCGAGUGGAUCACAGAAAAAGAUUAAUUAUGAUUGGUCAUUCAAUCUUGGAGAUACGGCAAUCAAAAUGGAAGUGACUGAAGGAUUGAAACCAACUACAAUUAUUCUUUGUCGUCGUCAUGUUUCUGCAUUCAAUGGAAGUGGUUCAGUUGUUUGGCAGAUACGUUUAGAAGCUGUUGGAAUGGCAAUGUGUCUUUAUAAAUCUCUUCAGAUCAAUAAUACUCAAUUCAAUCGUCUCAUAAUUGCAACAUCCGAUGAUACACUGCUCAUAUUUAAAGACAAUCAAUUAAUAUGGAACUGUAAUGCUCAAAUGUCGCCAGUUUCCUUACUCGUUUGCUCUUAUAACAAAUCAUAUGAAAAUGUGAUCACAAUGAUGGCUUCGAGCGGAAAAAUAGUGAUUGGAUAUCUCGGAACCGAGCCAAGUUUAUAUAAGGUUCCAGAGGAUAAAGUGAUUGUGAAUUAUGCGGAUCGAAUGGAACAAUUGAAAGAAAUUGAAUUGAAAAUCAAAGAAUCAGAUGCUGCUGGAGGGGCAAUCAAGAGAAAAGAAGGGAUUCAGAUGAAAGUAAAUAUUGGAGAAAUUGGAAAAAGAACGAUCGAACCGAAUGCAGCCAACAAUGCCCCGUAUUGCAAUUUGAUGAUUGAUUUCUCUGAACUGCACAACGUCUCGAAACUUCAUAUAAAUGUGAAUUCAGAAUGUGCGAGUCCGUCGAAAACUUUUCAAAUCAAUGUAGGAAGUUCUAAAUCAACUGCAUCCAUUCAAAUCCCAUUUUACGUUGGAUCCAAAACGAGCCCAACCAGCAAUAAAGUCACAAUAACAGCACAUUGCAUGUUCACUCAGAUGAGCGUCACGAAAACCAUCGAACUACCAUUUAAAGUUUUGUUCGAAGAAUCUCAAAUCGAUAGAAAUGCAAAAUAUAAAGUGACAAUUGAUACAGCUGGAGCAGUUAUAGGAUUGGAUAAACUGUUCUCUGAAUUCGAGUCCGAAAACCCACAAGCAAUCGGGUUUUCUCUUCAUGGAUCUGAGAAGACUGUUUCUAUUUUUGCAGCAAAUAAAUCGAACCGGUAUCGUAUCCAAUCUGAGCAUGUUUCUCUUCUCCAAAUUGCUUCGAAAGAAUUAGUGAAAAGAAUUGGAGAAUCAGUUCAAGGAAUGGAAAUUGGAGGAGUUAUUCCGUUUGAAUAUAUCAGAGAAACGUUGGAUGAGAUUCAAGAGCUCGAAACAAAGAAGAAAGAAGAGUCGAAAGUAAUUGAUUGUCGAAUGAAAGAAGUGAGAGCAAUCGAAGGAUUAUCUCUGAAUUCUUGUAAAACUGGAAAUAUGUCAAAUCUCACUGCAAUGGAUGCACUUUUUGACAAGUCUUAUCGAGAGCUUCUUACAUCAAUGGACAACUACAACAACUUCUCAAAUAAAAUUGAAAAUGAAAAAGCUGCGUUGAACUCAUUAUUCCAAUUGGCUGCUGAUUUAUCAAAACUGUCCAGAGUUGAAACUGUUCUCACCAAUAAUUUCUGGACAACCACACAUCAGUCUCUCCGUGAACGCCUUUGUUAUGCCGUUCGAUCGGAUCGUGGAAAUGAAAUGGCUAUGAUUGAGAAACUGUGCGAACACUCUCCAAAAGAAUUACCAAAAAUCAAAGAAGAAGAAGAAGAAGAAGAGGAGAAGGAGGAAUCAAUAGUUGCAUAA